AGCGCCUUGAAAGAAUCGGUUGGAGCUAAAGGCAUGACGGAUUGCGCUACAUAAGAUCUGUUGGUUAAUAAGGAAUAAUUUCAGAAAUCUCAUCAUGAACUACUACAAGCUCUUGGUUUUUGUUGCCCUCAACCUGGCCAUUAGCUUGGGAAAGUCCGAGGCCGGUUGGCUAAAGAAGAUCGGUAAGAAAAUUGAACGCGUUGGCCGGCACACUCGGGAUGCGACCAUUCAGGGUCUUGGCAUUGCACAACAGGCGGCAAAUGUGGCAGCCACAGCAAAAGGAUGAAGAGGAGCUAUAGUAAUCUUUAAUCAUUACCUAAGUGUAAUGCUUAACACAAUAAAAUAAAAUAAUUUGAGCUGUAGUCUCUCGUCUUUGCAAACCUUGUUCCAUCAUGGAAUCAUUGGUCUUAAAUUUGAACGCACAAUACAGUACAGGUUUUAAGCUCUAAUAAAGGUUUUAUUAUUUCGGUUUUU